AUGGGGCGCUCUAGCGCUCUAACGCUCGUAUCCUUACUCUUGUUAGGCUUUGGGGCAUUUGUGGCGGUUGGCGUGGACGCAGCAUGCCCAUUUGCAGGCAAGGCCUCCGCGGCAGUCGGAGCGCUGCGCCACCUCAUCACGGCUCCCAAGCAGGGGCACCACGACCGCGCGGCGGUGGAGGCCCUCGACUGGGAGGCUGUCAAGGCGGACCUGCGGAAGCUUCUCACCACCUCCCAGCCAGAGUGGCCCGCUGACUGGCCGGACAGCCCCACGGGCGGCAACUACGCCGGACUCUUCAUACGCCAGGCGUGGCACUGUGCGGGCUCCUACCGCAGCUGGGACGGCCGUGGCGGCUGUGAGGGCGGCCGCCAGCGCUUCUUCCCUGAGCAGUCCUGGCCGGACAACACCAACCUGGACAAGCAGCCGCAGUAA